GAUUCCUGUAUUAUUUCUGCCAAACAUGCCAACAUUAAUUAUGAUAAUUCAUCUUUCUGAUAUGAAAAGUUUAACCGACAUAUGUCACCCAUAUAUUAUCGGGCUGCUGUAGAUAUGUAUGUAAAGAUUGUAAACCGCGUGUGACUCGCGGUUCUGAAUGACAAGGCAGUAGUAGCUGUUAGUGUUACCCAGAUAUAGCGAAUAAGAAGGUAGGCUUGGGGCCAUUCACACCGAAAUCGUUUGCGUCCGUUCGCGCUGUUUUUCAAUAGUUUGUCUUAUGUAAACUUGCACGAGACGGACAUCUUUGAUCUUUGGCCUUUGCGCCGCGUUUUUUAGACGCAGUGUCAAGUCAACUGUUAAAACGCGUCUCGAGAGACGUGCGUUCGGGACAUUGCGUUUAGCAAGGACGUGUUCGGUGUGAACGGACCCUCUUAUACAGCAGCCGGUGAUUUCUCGCAAGGCGAGGAGAAGAUGCCUCAACCCAAGGUGAAGUUGGUGGUGACAGGAGAUGAUUUUGGGUACUGUGAGAGAAGGAAUCAAGGCAUUGUGGAUUGUUUCAAAGCUGGUGGGAUCUCCAAUGUGUCUCUAUUGGUGAAUGCAGUCUCAGCAAAACAUGCGUCAGACCUGGCCAAAAGGUAUCACAUCCCUAUUGGACUCCAUGCCAAUCUUUCAGAGGGUCUUCCAGUGUCUCGGGAACUGAAGGGCUCAACGCUACUCAACAAGGAUGGUUUCUUCCAUGGCAAGAUGGGCUUCCGGGACGUUUUGCAGAGUGGUCAGCUCAAGAUGUCAGAGGUGGAGGUGGAGCUCAGGGCCCAGGUAAACCAUUUCUUUGAACUGGUGGGCCACAUGCCCGAUCAUAUGGAUGGUCACCAGCAUGUACACGUGCUACCAGAGGUGCGAGAGGUGUUUGCCCGAGUUCUCUCUGAUUUUGGGAUCACCUACACACGAGUCCCUGUGGAACCUGGCCUGAAAUUUUGCACCUUCCUCCCGUCCCAUCUUCGAGACUUCUACACACAGGUUGAAAAAGAUGCCCUUGAGUCUGUCGAGGUCUUUCAUCGCCAUGACAUUAGAUGGCCUGACAUAUACCUGGGCCUAAGUACCAUGGGUAAGUACAUGUCUAUAUCCAACCUGAAACGAGCUUUGGUCUUCACGCGUGAGGCAAGAGUAUCAUCACUGGAUGACAGUGUGAAUUCUCCACUGAUACGGACACAGACCGAUGAAACCACAACUGAUUCCUAUCGACCAGUCACAGCAGAGCUUAUGGUUCAUCCCGGAUAUCCAAGUCACCCUCACCAGGGUGGAUGUGGAGAUGGACCCGAUGAUUUCUCACAGUCUACAGACCGACUUCAUGAGCUGAAUACUUUGAGGGAUCCAUUGGUGCUUAGCUACUACAGGCAACAGAGGAUCCACCUCUGUGCCUUUAAGGACAUUUAAACACUCAGGGAUGCAGAGCAGUGUAUUUUGGGACACUGCAACGCAUAGAAUGUCUGUCUGCUUUAGGAAAUAAUAUCUUGACCCAGACCUCACUAAAAUAAGUUGUUAGAGGGUGAAUGCUUAGUUGGGAAUAUGGCAGCAUAUGGGUAUGGAUCAUAAAGUUUAUUUGUGCUGCUUUCAAAGUCCAGACCAAACCAUUUAAAGCCACUUUCCUCUAAAGGAGAGCUAAAACAAGUCUUUUAUAAGUAUGUCCUACAAUUUCUCCUUUGAGACUAUCCAUUUAAAAUUCCAAAAAUUAUAUAUAUUUCUUAAUAUUUAAAAAAAUAUUUUUAAAUAUUUCUAUUUUUUUUUUAAGCUCACCCCAAGAUGAAAAGUAUGUCAUCAUUUACUCACCCUCGUGUUGUUCCAAACCGUUAUGCCUAACUUUCUUCCAUGGAACACAAAAGGAGAACCACAUUCACUUUUAUUGAAUGGAAACAAUCAACAUUCUUAUCAAUGUUCCAUUAAGAAAGCCAGCAAUACUAGUUUAAAAUGACAUGUUGGUAAGUAAAUGAAAACAAAAUGUUAACCAUUUAAGAUGGAUAGCUGAUCCAAGUCCAGUCCAUACCAGAAGAACCCUGCCUACAUUUUCACAGUGACAGAUGUUACAGUAACUACAGUCAGAGGAAUGUCCUUGUAAUUGAAAUGUGCAAUCAGAAAAAUGUCUGCCUCAUUAGAGCACCAAGUGCUCUCAAAUCCAUAUAAUGAAAUUGCAAAUAAUUAUGCAAUCUGACUGCCAUAUUUAUGACUGUAAUGUACUACAUGUAGAUUUUACCUCUCCAUUAAAUGUAGAUGUAGCAGUUACUUUAUAUAUUUUAAAAUACAUUGUAUUUUUGGGGUACAGUGUUUGUAACAAAUGUAUUUGAUAUUUUUAUUGUAAACUUGAAUUAAAAGCACAAUUUUA